GAUAGGCAGAUAGCUUGUAGAAUAUUAUUGUUUUCAGCAAAUACAUUUAUAUGUCAAACAGACCAUCAAGUACUGAAGCCAUGUAAUCUCACAUAGUGAUAUCCUUUAAAGCUGGUGGGUCUCAACAGCAAGUCAGAAUUUUGACCUCCCAAACUAGAGGAGAAUGCUCAAACGUUGCAAGACUUCCUGCCAUCAAUGGAAGAACUCAUAGUGGGACCACCUCUCUGUGAAGAACUCCAGCAGUUUUGUCACUCAGCCCUUCAUCGGCUCAGAUACCUUGCCACUCUCAGGGAGUCCAACACUGUGUCAGGACAGUGAGUGAGGCAUCAGAAUCAGUCUAUGGGAUGGAUGCAAGAGAUGGUUACAUUCGAGAUGCCAUUAAGUCAAGUUAUUUUAUGCCGUCGUUUCAGACUGAGCAAGGUUAUCGUUUACCUCGUGACUAGAAAUGAAAACCGGUGCCUGUACUGUUUAUGUUGUCUGAUAGUGCAAAUAUUAUCAGAAACUAAUCUUUUCUUGCAGUUAUUAAAUAAAGAACUUUUGACAAAAAAGGAAACAGUUAAAAAAAACAUGAUUUUUGCAUUUUUUUGGCAGAAGAAAGGGAGGUGUUCUGUUUGCAAAUUUCUUUGCUGUACAUUUUUUAACUCGGAAUAGUUGGUUGUACAGAACUCCAAAUGUGCCUGUUCAUCUGUUACAAUUCAAAGGAUGAUGCUACACCAUACUGUACAAUGUGUGUUUGUGUGCACUUUGGCUGCAUGUUCUUGAAAGUGAAUUUGAUGCCUAUCCUAAAAAGUGACAUUGUUCUAGUGGAUGAUUCAGCAAUAACCAUAUCUGAAGACAGGACACCUCAGAACCAUAAGCCCACGUCAUCUUACUCUUCUCCAUUCAGCAACCAUGUUUCCCACAAUCUGCCUUCACACCAUCAUCAUCAGGUUCGCAUGCUGAAGCAGUUGAAUAGCCCUAUCCCAGUAGUGCAGUCCUUGCACACACCCCAGCACCAAAGUGCUCAUCCACAGUGCCUGGCCCUUGUGGCACAUAAAGUGCCAGUUACCCAGCAUUCUCUGGCAGGAGAACAGCAGGCCAUGAAGGGGCCUCACCAUGGUCAGCUCCAGGUUGACCAGCAAGGUGAUCAUGCCAGGACAGUACCUCAUAAGGUAGAGGGUAGUCAGAGGCUGGCGAUGGAGCCUUUGCAGAGGCCUCUUCGGGACCAUCAACAGCAACAGCUGAUGAACAGUCAGCCAGUUCCAUCUUCCAACCAGCAGAGGCAUAACAUGCAGGUCAAACUCUCUACGUGCCAGUCUCAUUCACCUUUGCCUGAGAACUGCAACAGUGGGGGCCAGGGCACAAAGUACUGCUUACAGCAGCAGCAGCAACAACAUGGUGUGAGAAAAGAUCACUUUCACUUGCAGCACCGAAACCGAGAAUCACAACAACAGUUGCAACACCAUGCACAGCUGUCAACAGUUAGCACUGAGCAGCAAAAUGCAUCAGUACAGCGUUGUGACAGUUUCAUUAUCAAGCCGGAUGUAUGUGGAAGCACAGACAGCAGAACUCAUUGUGUGCCUCAGUCACUCGUGUCAAAGGAAGCAUACCCACAAACUGUCAGAAUAAACAGUACUCCACAGCACAUAAAUGCAGUUGACUUGCAGUCAUUACCAAGACAUUGCUUUCAAGUGGUUGGUAAUGGUAAUUUACAAAGUUUCACAACAUACGGACUGAAGUUGCCAGAUGGUGCAACUCAGGUUGCUGUCUGGAAUGGCUCACAGAUGAUUAUUCAAGAGCCAUUGUCACAGCUGUCUUCAACAAAUGCUAGUAUUGCCAAAGCAUGGCUUGCAACAAAUGAUAGAGCAGAUCACAGUCAAGUGCACAGUAGACCUCAAGGUGGGCAGCUGGCAUCUGGUCUUCAUCCUGCAGCAGAUCAGAACAGUGUAGACACACCAUUGCUUGGCCCACGAAAGUCAGCAACUAAUGCUGUGUGGCCUACGCCCAUGCCAAGUCGAAAGCCACCACAUUCAGAAAGCAAUGCAGACACUCUGCCAGAAUCGCCUGUCCCGGAUUUGGAAAUGCGGUCCUCUGAUUCCAAGUCAUCAAUAGACUCAAACAUGGCUGAAUCAUCUCCCAGUGGCUUUGCUCACAGCAGUGUUCAUAAAAACACAAUAUUACCUGCUGAGCAUAUACAAGACAAAUCACCAUCAGUCUCAAGUAGCGCUGCAGAAACGUCUGAGACUCUCAGAAUAAAAAGUAAUCUUAAAGAGGAUGAAGAAGCUGUGGCUGUGUGUCGCUACUGUGGAUACUCCAGCAGUGAUUUUGAACGUUGUGAGAGCUGCCGUCGAAAGUUCUCUGAGAAUGUCAAGAUUGUUGUUAAUAAACGGAGUGCUGGAGAUGCUGGACUGGACCAGCUGCGUAUCCAGACGUCACCAUCUUCUGGUCCAGAAGCCAAGCUCAACAGAUCUGUCAUAGACAAAAAGUCCUUUUAUAAAGGUAGACAGCUGUCUUCAGAAACUCCCAGUAGCAAAAUGACCCCUGGGAAGGAGGGUACACACCAGUCAUCUUCACCAUCCCCAAGAGGCAGGGGAGGGCGCAGGGGGAAAACUGGCACUUCUCCUCGCAAGCCUGCCCGCAGUAAAAAGAUCAAAGAUAGCUUAAAAGAACCAGUAACCUUAACAAUAUCUUCUGAUGAGGACGAGCCUGCACAUAAAAGUACUCCUGAACCUAGUUCUCUGAGAAAUAAAGAUCUCUCUCAGGAAAUGGACGAAGAUGGGUUGGACAUUUCUCCAUUUGUUAAUGCCAUGAAGCCUACUUCUUUUGGCAAAUCCCGCAGAGAGCGAAUGGAAGACGAGGCAGGACGAUGCUUUCCAAAUCAUGUAGAUGAAAUGGAUAUAUCACAAAGCACUAGACCAAUGCUUAUCAGUGUGCGGGGUGUGCGUGUUGGAUCAUUACGGUCUACAGCAGUUUCUGUCCAUUUCCUGGAAGAUCAAAUCAACUUCGAGAUUGUCAGUGAUCGAACUGGAGAGGAAUUUCACUUUGAGGUGCCCCUACAAGAAAUAAUGUGCAUCCAGUACACCUUAAGCCAGCUGCAGCCGGUAGCUUUUAUCAAAGUCAUCCCAGCUUGUGGUGUCCGUCUCAGGGAGCGGUUGAAAAUGACUCUAAAAGGUCCAGAGUACUUUGAUCCUGCCAGCUAUGAUUUGCAGAAAAGCUUCAUUGUUAUAAUUAUUGAUGAGGUAAUUAAUGAGGAUGGGCUUAGAGAAAUUCUUAAGUCAUACAAAGUAAAACAUCCACAAGCAGUGCCAGACUUCUUGCGGGAGUUACCAUAUGAUGAUGCCAACAGCCUGCUUGUUAACUCCUCUCCACCUGUGCUGAAGGAUAAGGGGCGGCACUCUUACCAUGUAAAACCAGACACAAAGAACUGCAAAGUGAAUGCCAAGGUAGUGCAAAAUGCCCAGGCAUUAUUCUCCUCUACCUAUGGGAAAGGAAAAACUAUAUCAGUUGGUGACAUUGGUGAUAGUUCCAUUACAGAGGAGGUUGGGAAAAUAGAGGUGCCACAACAGGAAGGUGAUAAAGGAAAAGAGACAGUGGUGCCAUUACUCAGAGAGGAGAAGAUGGCCAGCAGGUCACCAUCACCAACGGUUGGCUUUGUGGGGCCUAUAGAAAAGUUAUUAACCUACCCUCCUCCACCUGCAAAAGGUGGCAUCACGAUCACCAACGAAGAUCUGUACUGCUUGAAUGAGGGGGAGUUCUUGAAUGAUGUCAUUCUGGAUUUUUACCUUAAAUAUCUUGUGAGAGAGAAACUAAGUGAAGAGGAUAGACAACGUACACAUGUUUUCAGUUCCUUCUUCUAUAAACGACUUAUGCAGAGACAGUCUCGCAGCUCCCAUGAUGUAGAUGAUGCCAAACUCACUCCGGCUCAGAAGAGACACACCAGAGUAAAGACAUGGACACGCCAUGUGGACAUCUUCAGCAAAGAUUUCCUACUUGUGCCUAUAAAUGAGCACUCACACUGGUAUCUAGCAGUGAUAUGCUUUCCUGGCCUGGCAUCUCUUGAUUAUGUUCCGUAUCAACCUAGUGCAACAAGUGAGGAGGAAGCUGCAGAUCCCACUAAUGAAGUGGAGUCUUCUCAGUCAAGCCCUAGAGAGGAGCAGUCCCCUUCUGGAGAGGACAAGAAGGAAGAAUCCAUGGAUGUGGAUGCAUCCAGUUGUAAAAGCAUUUUGGGCAAAAUAAUUGACCAGGAAGCAGUUGGGGACAAUAUAUCUUUUAGCAUUGGACAGAAGCAGGCAUGUAUCCUCAUCCUUGAUUCUCUAGCAGGCCCUCCAAGAAACUCGGUCAUCAGAACACUCAAAGAAUACCUUCAGGUAGAGUGGGAUCUGAAGAAAUCUUUACCACGUAAUAUGGCAAAGACUAUUCGAGGAGCAGUGCCAAAAGUUCCACAACAGACGAACUUCAGUGACUGUGGUGUCUUUGUUUUACAAUAUGCUGAGACUUUCUUUGAGAACCCAAUUGCAAGCUAUGCUAUUCCCAUGAAGGGUCUGGAGAAAUGGUUUCCCUUGAACAAAGUGGAAAAGAAAAGGGAAGAAAUCCGCAAUCUCAUUCUUCAGCUUCAGAAUGAGUGCAGGUGACCCAAGCCUGGCGAGUUGCCAUGCUUUAGGAUGUUUUCAUAGCAGACGUUCAGUGUGACUUUUCACCCAGCUAGAUAAUGUUUGGCCAGAUCACUCACUUUAGGCCCAACAAAAUGUGUUUUUUUCUUUUUUUGUACCAAUACUGUAUCACAGCACCCUGGAACAAGGUGACUUUCAGGCUUAAAAAAUGAGCAUAUUUAAUAUUGGGCUGUGUGUGUGAGAGAGAGUGUGUGUGAAGGCAUGCAAGCAUUCAGUCGCUUCAGAGACAAAUAAUGCUGAUCCUGUGGUGUUGACCUUAUUGAUUGGCAGUUUCUCUGUGCCAUCCAAAGUGCAGGAUUUGAUAGGUCAGGAGUGCUUUCCUAGAACAUCAGCCAGCUUCAGUGGGUUUUUUUUUUUUUUUGUGUGUAUUUUGGUGUUACUCCACAUGCAGUCUAGUAUUUCAGGGCACACUUUUUUUGACUAACCCACUUUCUCAUUCACACAAUGUUACGAUUGCUUUUUCUCAUUUUCUUUAUGUCUUAUCUGAUAAUCUUUCUAUUCUUUUUGAUGUUGCAGUUAAUGAGCUGUUUAGCUGUUCUGUUGUGUGUGUUGCUGGCUGCGACUAUUCUGGUGUAGUUUCAAGCAGGCUGCAGUAAACAGUUUAGUAUUUGUUUAAAUUUAUUUAUGAUGCAUUGAUUGGUUGAUCAGGUACCUUUACAAAAUUUUGUUUUCAAAGACUGUUGAGUACUGUUGUGUCAGAAGUUAAAAAGUGAUGAAUGUACAUUCCCUUGUUGUAUAUCACACAGAGAAAAACAUCAAAGUGGCUCACUUUCAUUGCAGCUGAGAGAGAAUCUUUUGUAGUGGCUAAUUCUUUUGCCAAAUCUUUUUCUGUGUGGAUGCUACUUCCAUCUUCCUCUUUGACAUUUCUUGAAAAAGAGGUGACUAGCUGUUGAAAUAGGAAGAACUAGUUGCAAGUGGAUCUCUUCUGAUUGCUUAGUGUUUCAGAAAUGGUAUUUCAGAAUUGUACAUUAUGUUGACCUUCCACAAGGCACAAGGUUAUGCAUGAAAUUUCUCUGUUGUAUUUCACUCCCUCAAUGAAAUAUCAAGAACCCUGCUUUUUUUUUUUUUUUUUUUAAAAAAAAAAAAAGGCAGGAAAUGACAGAACAGUUAGGUUGAAUUUUACAGGUUGCUAGGUUCUAUGGCAUUAAUUGAAUACAUUUUUUAUCUUUCUUUGCUAUUUUAGAGAGGAAGGAUUAAAGGGUUGUUAAACCUACUUUGCCACUUGAAAAAUGUGGAGACUAGUUGCUUAAUUGGCAUAUAUAACUUGAAUCAAAUGCAUACAUUAGAAUUUGUUUUUGUAAAGCAGGUCAUAGUCUUAAUAAUUUAAUGUUGUCUUGGCAUGAACCUGAAAGCCUUUCAGUAUGUAAUUUUGGUUUGGUUUGGUUUUUAUGUUUAUGGAUACCUUUUUAGUGAUUAUGUUUGAUUACUAGACAGGGUUAGCUGCACGGGAGCUAUGCAGCACUAUUUGUUUCAACUCAAAUUGUAUGUUCAGAAGGAAAAUAGCUGCCAGAAUUUCUCAAACCACGUCCUACCUCUGUGUUGAUUUGUUUUAAUGUUUCAGCUAGCAUUUCUCAAGAGUGAUAGAGAAGGCACAAAUCUCUCCUUUGCACUAAAUUGCAGAGGCUUUUUUGUGGCUAAAAAAUUUAUAAAAGUGACUGUACCACAACUACUUUUUCUGACUCCAUUGACUUCACUGUCUUAACCUGUUACCUGUUUUUCAUCAUGUUUUGGGGGUUCUUUUUGUAUGGUAGAUCUAUAUUGAAAGUCAACUGAAUCUUUUUCCUGACUUUAUUUGUUUUGGAGUAGUUUCCUCUUGAGAAUGGAUGAGGUUAUGUAUAUCUGGUAUUUUUAUGAAAAGAAGCUUUAUAGAUGGAGAUGGAACAAUGAAUGGGAGCAAGGGCAGUGGAAGAGGGAAGUGAGGUGUUGGUUCACAGAAGAUUUUGACCUGCUGGAAGAGAGUGUAUUAUUUCAGCUGAAAACAUUCUAGCAGUUAUAUAUCAGAACUGUAAAACAAAGUGAUGUAUUCAUUCUCCAUUAAGGCCAUUCAUAACCAGACAAUAUGGGUGAACCUUUGAUCAAGGAAGCUAUGAAGUUCAGCUUUUUAUACUUAUGAGAAGUUUCCAGAGCACAGCAUCUGGAUAAAUUGCUGAACAUGUGCAGCUGCUGAACAAAAAAUGUCAUAAGAUUCAUGCUAUGAUUUUGUGGAAAUCUUUCAGUUACCAGAGGAUUAUAAAGGACAAGCAUCCUGACAAGAUAUAAUUUUGAAGUCUCUGUCCAGAUAUUUUUUAUGCACCUCUUUGUCUUAAACAAUUCACAUUUCUUGUAUAAAACAGGUACAUUGAGGUUUCAGAAUGUGUGAUGCCUAACUUAAUGUUCAAAUAGGAUUUAAGGCAAAUCUUUGCUGUACAGGGCAUUCUUCUGGUUGUGUUGAGAGUAAUGUGACAAGGAAAAUUUGAGGCCUGCAUGUGAUUGUGAUCCCUACAUUGUAUAUGGGUGUGUAUUAGCAAACACUUGGACUAAAAUUGUUGCUUUGAAAAAAAAAAGCUAAAUAUAGCUCUACUUUUUCCUGGUGUUGGACAAAGAAGCGAAUUGCGAUGAUAACCUCAGAUGAUAAAUUGUUGAAGUGGGCUCCCUCUGUUCUCUCCGUUCUCCAGUUUGUCUUUUGGUUUGGUCAUGGCCGUGGAGUUUGGACUUACUCCUUAUUUAUUGUGUAAUUAAUAUUUUACUUAAUCUUUCCUGCAUGCAUUUUCACAUCCUUUGAGUUCUCAUAGAGCAGGACAACAAAGCAUUGGAAAAGCCAUAAAAGAAACGUUUUACACCCUGAAACUCACUAGUCCAAGAUUGCUGCCAUCGUUUGGAGAAGCUGUGCAUUUGAUGAGGGAGGGUGUCCUUUUUCAUUUUGCUCGUUCAUUUGAGGGUGAAUUUGGAAAUUCUGUUGUUUUCUGGUGAGACAACUGUGUGUAAAAUAAAAGAUGAUUGUAAACUCAAA